AUGUGCGAAGGAGGAGAAGAAGCGAUCCUUGCCGUCUGCGCAAACGGUUUCGUGCUUGCAGAGCGCGGUAUCAAGAUGUAUGAGCGCACGAUCGGCGGCAGCUCGCUUCUUUAUAACAAUCAAAUUGACUCAAGCCUAGAGGAGAUUUGGGUAGAUGAGAUUUGGGUAGAGGAGACUUGGAAAGAAACGGGCUGCUCAUACCUCCCCGGAAAGCUCAGUCCAAACCCGGGCUAUCCUGCUAGGCCUCCUCCUUGUUCCCUUGAUCCGCUGCGACGUCGCUUUCUCUCGCCGUAUUGCUGCUGCAUUCGCUUCUAUCUUGGAUAUCCAGGUUUGCGCCAUCAUAGGACCUUUGCACUCUCUUGUUCUUCUCUCGUGCCUCAAGCCCCUGUCCGCUCCUGCCUGUCCGCUCCUGCCUGUCCUCUCUGGAGCUGGGUGCGGGGGCCCUCAUCUCUCCUUCUCUCUUCUGGUGCUGUCACUGCUUGCCGCCGUUGA